CUUUCUAGAAAAAAGAGUUCUGGAGAUGGAAGACAAGCACACACUGCAGCUGAAGUCAAUAAAAGAUGAAAAAGAUCAGCUUCAAGUCCUGGUAGCCAGACAGAAUUCUGUUAUAGAAGAACUAGAAAAACAGUUAGUUACAGCUACAGUAAACAACUCUGUUCUGCAAAAGCAGCAACAUGAUCUGAUGGAGACUGUUCAUAACUUGCUUACUAUGAUAUCCACACCAAACUCAAAGAACAACUUCAUAGCUAAAGAGGAGCAAAUCACCUUCAAAGACUGUGCUGAAGCUUUCAGAUCUGGACUGACAACAAGUGGAAUCUACACCUUGACGGUUUCAAACACGGCACAAGAAAAGAAGGCCUAUUGUGACAUGGAAACUGGUGGAGGAGGUUGGACAGUUAUCCAGAGACGUGAAGAUGGCAGUGUGGACUUUCACCGGACGUGGAAAGAGUACAAGAUGGGAUUUGGUGAUCCUGCUGGGGAGUACUGGCUGGGAAAUGAGUUUGUUUCUCAACUCACUAAUCAGAAACGUUACGUUCUUAAAAUCCACCUGAAAGACUGGGAAGGAAACGAGGCAUAUUCAUUGUAUGACCACUUCUCUCUAGCAAAUGAAGAACUAAAAUACAGGAUUUACCUUAAAGGACUUACUGGGACAGCAGGCAAAAUAAGUAGCAUAAGCCAACCAGGAAAUGAUUUUAGCACAAAGGAUGCAGACAAUGACAAAUGUAUUUGCAAAUGUUCACAAAUGCUAACAGGAGGAUGGUGGUUUGAUGCCUGUGGUCCUUCCAACCUCAAUGGGAUGUAUUACCCAUUACGACAGAACAACAACAAGUUUAAUGGGAUCAAGUGGUACUACUGGAAGGGCUCAGGAUACUCUCUCAAAGCUACAACUAUGAUGAUUCGACCAGCAGAUUUCUAGAGGCUUUUGCAUCAUGUGAAUUGUGCAUUGUAUCCUCUUCAAAGACUCGAUUUGCCAAGCAUAUAAACACACAUCUGCAACUUGCCUCGUUCUCCAAGCCCAGAAAACAUGCACUGCUGUUCUGAAGGGAUCACUCCAAUCCAUUCCUCGAUUGCAAUAGCCUUGACCAGCUAAAGCUCAUGUUAUUCAACCAGACACAAAGUCUGAAGCAUCAACCUGAUCUAACUGUGAUUUGGCCACACGACUGAAUAAAAAGAACACCCAAGAAACCAUCAGACAACCUAAGGACUCUGUUUUACGGUUCAUUUCUGUUAUGUUUGUGUUAGAAAAUAACUGGAACUGUGAAAAAAAACUCCCUAAAGUAGUUUUAGCAGUAGGCAUUUUGCCUCAUCACUGAACUUUGAACACUAAUAUAAAACACUAAGCUAGAUCUAGA